AUGGAUGGGCAGCAAGCAUCUUGGAGAAGGGGUGGAGCAAUCCCUGAUCGAGAUAGUGUUCUCAAAGCUGCAAUCAAGCUAUGGGACAAAUUCAUGGAAUUGAAAUACGACAAUAUUGGUGCAGCUGACUUGGCAGGAGACAACUCGCUUGUUCUUCUAACUGAGUUAUGUACCCAGUGGGGAGAGAAUCCACCGAUGAAGCCUAAUGGUCAGCCUUACGCUCUUUCGGGUUUGACCAAGUAUAUACGAACCAUUUUCCAUGAUCUCAAGAAGACUUUUGGCAAUAACGAUGCCAUCAGAAAUGGCCCAGAGCUGUUCACUACCGAGGAGGUCAAUCAGCUAGUCAAAAUGCUGGAAGGAAAUCAUGGUAGAACUCUGAUGAUUGGCAGCAGAGAAUCGGACGUAUUCAAAGAAUCAUUUCCUAUUCCUAGGCAGCACAGUGCAAGAACCAGGACACUACCUUUCAAUGAUUUUCCGAACAACAAUUUGAGAGAUAUGUCAAGAUCUGUGGAGCUGUUCUCGAUGGCUCAAAGGUUGUUUACCAGGGGAGAAUUCACUAAGCUUUUGGGGAGGAAGGAACUCAAAACCAAUCCUUCUGGUUUUUGCAUGGAUUUCCAAUACCCCGAGCUCUGUAUUUUCUUCCAACUGGGUUGUUUUUGGUCAGUUGACAAUGGCCUCUCGAGGAAUCGAAAUGAUAUGGUUGACCCUAACUCUCCUCGAUACAGGACGGCAAAGUUUGUAUUCCCCGAUCUACAUGAGAUUGCUGAUGACAGUGUCGCUAGGCAAAUGACCACUCUGAUUAGAACAUUGGUGCCCGAGCAGCUGAAGAAAUUUUAUUCGGUGAAGUCACUGCGAACUGGUGCCAUGUCUUUGCUUCAAUGGAACAGCUCGGUACUCCUACAAGAAGGCAUUGCUCUUGGUGGAUGGAAAACUGGAGCCAACAGCGAUUGGUAUGUUUGGAUUUACUUGGUUGCUAUUGUCCCAGCUGUUUUGGCAUUAGCUGGGUACCCACAGCCGAGAAUCAUUCCAACUCUACCAGAUAUUGAACUCUUAUAUCAAGAUCCAGACCCUAACAUGGUAUUCAGUGCAGUGAAGCUUCCUGAUUUUAUCAACAGCUUAUUUGUCAUAUCCCUCCCAGAGUUUCAAGGUCCCAAUGGUCGAUUACGGAACCUACUGUUGGUGGUCGUAGCAGUGAUGAUUAAGAACUUCCGACACUGCGAGAGGAAAUAUGGAAAUGGGCAUCCCUAUGUUGUUAAAAUGAUUGGGGCUACUAUCUCCUCUGGCUUGGCAGUUGGCAAUGCCGAUGCUAGUGUCAAGCUCAAACACUGGUCCCGCAAAAUUACUAUGGAACUCACGAGAGCUGUGCCUGUCAUGCUCGAUACCAAUGACAAUGGAUUAGUUGCCAAUGCCGAUGGAUCUGUGGUUGCUCCGGGUAUUAAGCAAGAGCUUACCAUGAUAAAUCACAAUUUGGGAGAGCUGUUACGGGAAAGAAAUGCCAUGCAACAGCAGCUCGAAGCAAAUAAGCAGGAGAUCCAGUCACUCAAAGCAGAUAUGCAGAACGUCAAAUCGGGCCAAUACAGAACUGCAGGAAACCAGGAAGAAAUGAUAACGUCAGUGAGAGCAAUUUCACAAUCACUGGCCCAACUACUGUUACAACCGCAGAGACAACAGGCCAACCCACCUCCCAGGCAAGAGCCACCACAGGUACGACAGCCUGCACAAGUUGUGCCACCACGUGCGUUACCACCCCCACCAGUGGCCCCACCUCUUCCACCUCCAGUGGCGCUACUACAACCACCACCUCCUGCACCCCUAGUACACAACACUCUUUAUUCCAGGCUCCAACGCACCAGAGCUACAGACCCAGGUUCAAAUGGAAGAGGGAAAACCAAGACGAAGAGUACUGUCAAAUUCGUGAUGAUAGAUUUGUAUGACUCGAACCAUUUUAGAAGUCUUGGUCAAACCAAUCCACACCUGGAUUCCCUAUGGUCGCAUGUAAGAGAGGUAUCUUGA